AUGUAUAGUCAUCAAAGUGGGCAUCGUCCGAUAUCUUACGGCACAAGUAUUAAUUCAGCUGCAACUCGAAGCAGCAUGGGUAGUUAUCACAGUGGCCAUGAAAGUACUACAGUUGGAAAUAGGACAAUGCAUCAUCCUCAAGCAAUGGACAACGAAAUGGGUCGAAUUGGAGGAGGUCAUCAACACUAUGACGAAUCCAAUUAUUAUGAACCUCCAAAUAUGCUUCAUAGCGGCGAUAGCAGUCAUUAUGAUUAUGAUCUCCCUGUCAAUAUGUCAUCACAUCACCAUCGACAACAGUAUCAUCCAUCUCAACUACAACACCGUCAGUCUCAAUAUAGUAGCUAUCAAUCUAUGCCAUCGUCCUACGGUGGACAGCGCAGUACCCCUGGGAUGAAUCGUAGCAGAAGGGGUAAUAUUCAAUCAUCCUACAUUUCCAAUAGAAAUAAAGUUCAGAAGCCACCAUCGAAACCGAUUUAUUGCGAGAUAUGCCGCAUUAGUUGUAUGAGCGAACAGACUUACAAGGAACACACAGAUGGACAGAAACAUAAAAAAAGAGAACAGCAGUCAGCUAAAGCUACUAGUGAAAAAGGAAUCAAAUGCGAAUUAUGCGAUAUUGUUUGCCUAACAGGCGAAUCCUACGAUGCACAUAUUAACGGUAGCAAGCAUCAAAAGGUAGUGCGACUCCAUAAACAAUUGGGAAAGCCGAUUCCUGAUGCUCCUAGCCCGGAAACUAUCGCCCGUAUCAAAAGUGAAAUACUAGCUCAAAAGAAAACAACAGAUCAAAAUUUAGAUAAUAAAGAAGAAAUUAAUGUCUCAGAAGAAAAUGAUAAUAUUACAAGUGGUCCCUCUACUACCCUAUCAAACGUUGUUUCAAAUGAUACCUCUACUAAUGCAAAUGUGCAGCCAGCUUCACCUAAUUCACGGCCUGUUCAUUUAAACUCGUCCUUCAAUUCUGCAGAAAGAGAUGUAGCAAGUCAAAAAUCGAUUGCCAGCGAUAAGACUUCAAUAGUCACUCCUUCGUCUAAUAUUAUUGGUGAAGAAUAUUGUGUUUUAACCCCUGAUAAUAAUAUUAAAGUUCCUAGAUUUGAAUGUAAAAUCUGUCACUGCAGCUUUAAUCAAGCUGAUAGACAUUCUCACUUGAGCGGCAAGCGACAUAAAGCGACAUAUUAUCAUAUUAAAGGCUAUGAAAACGAAUCGAAUCACGAAAAAACACCUCUUUCUGGUAAAAUAGAACGUAAAGAGAUGGAAGAUCUUAGAAAUGAUGGUUAUUACCCAUCACCGACUAAGAAACGUCAAAAGGUUCUAUCUGAUGCUGAAAGCGAGCCAAAAAUCGUUCCCGGUAUUAAUGAUCGGCCUCCAUCUUUAAUGUCCAUAUAUGUAUCUCAUAAUAAGAAAAAAAACACCUCAUCUAAAUCUCAUAAGGGAGCAUCUUACUUUAUUCGAGGCACUCCUAUUGUGGAGACAAUAGAAGAUCGACUUGUCAUGAAGAAACAUGACAUUAUCUUUCCUAAUCAAUCUGAAAUCAAAACUAUGCAAGAUAUUAUUAUGAUUAUUGAGAGUACUUUAAAGGAUAUCUCUGACGUUAUGAUUAAGACCGAAACUAACAUUGGAGCCGUAGAAGAGACAACCGUUGUCAAUACGCUUAGAUCUGAUGAUGAGCAGACGAAUAUUGAUGUUGCAACGGCCGGUAAUAGUGCUGACGUUAAUAAUAAGACAGCGACACCGACGGAGCCCAACCAGUUGUCAUCUGAUAUUAGGCUCUUGCAAGACAUACGAAGAAUAGGAACAAUUGCAAAAGGUCUUAUGUUGAAUGGUGAUAAGCAAGCGGAAUUGGUAGUAUUGUGUGCUGAAGAACCUACGGUAUCGCUCUUGCAAGGUGUAGAAACCAAUAUAAAAGAAAGAUUAGCGGGCGAUAACUAUGAAACUAAAUGCGAUACUGAAGAAGGUAUAAUAACCAUUAGUCAUGAUCACAACGAAGAAGUUAAAAUAUAUCUUACUUCAGCUACGAUGGAGUCACAGGAUGACUCUGAUAAUUAUUCUAUCGGAGUUGUCGAUAGGAAAGCGUGUUUAAAUGCUCUAAUGGAACUACGUCGAUUCGAAUGGUUUAAACCUAUGGAAGUAUUGAUACAUAAUACAAUAAAUAGUUCGGAUGUUGGCCUUGGACCAGCGAAAGCAUUUCGACGGUUGCUUGAAGUUAUAGCAUCUGGAAUAUUAUUACCGGAUGGUCCAGGUGUCAAAGAUCCGUGCGAAAAGGAACCGUGUAAUGCGUUUGGUUACCUAGAUAUUCAAACGGCUGAAGAUAUCACAUCGUCCGCACAAUGUAUGCUGCGCCAAGUAGUUUUUCGCCAAUUACACAAAAUACUAGAUGUUGAACCAAUUGCACCACAGAAAAAAGGCCAAGCUCGUAACGAAAAACGUAAGUUAAAGGGGGUGAACAAAGUUCAAGAUAAUAUCCCUGGAAAAAGAAGCCGUUUAGAAAACUCUGAGACACCAAUUGACAGAGAAAUUGUUGAAUCUAUGUAA